AUGCGCGUUCGUUACCCUGUGCAGUCCAUGUCACCACUGCCGAGCGGUAAGGCCGUUCCGCUGCCCAAGAUCCAGGCAGCCUUCGACAAGGAGUCGUCAGACGAGGCACAUGCCCGACUAGCCAAGCGAGACGCAGUCAAGAAGACGUUUGUGCGGUGCUGGGAAUCGUACAAGACGCAUGCGUGGAUGAGCGACGAGUUGGCCCCCAUCAGCGGCAGUCCCCGGAAUCCCUUCGGUGGAUGGGCCGCUACCCUGGUCGACAGCCUUGACACACUGUGGAUUAUGGGGCUGCGACAUGAUUUCGAGAUUGCUGUCGCUGCGGCGGCGAACAUCAGUUUCGAGACAGUAACGACAGAUGAGAUCAAUGUCUUCGAGACCAACAUCCGGUACCUGGGGGGAUUUUUAUCCGCCUACGAUCUCAGUGGUGAUAAGCGCCUACUCCGCAAGGCCAAGGAGGCGGGCGAUAUGCUGUACGCUGCCUUCGACACUCCCAACAGAAUGCCAAUAACGCGUUGGAGAUUACGCGAGUUGGCUGGGGCUCAGGCUCAGGGCGGGAAGGAGCAAGUCGCGCACGACAACGUCCUCCUCGCGGAGAUGGGGUCCUUCACCAUGGAAUUUACGAGACUAUCUAUCAUUACCGGUGAUCCCAAGUGGUUCGAUGCUGUAAACAGAAUCACCGCCAUCCUUGAGUCACAACAGGACUCCACCGCACUUCCAGGAAUGUGGCCUCUCGUUGUCAAUGCCAGAGACCAGGUCUUCAACCGAGGCGGCGCAUUUACUCUGGGCGCCAUGGCGGACUCGACAUACGAGUAUCUCCCCAAAACCUACGCUCUCUUGGGAGGCCGCAUGCCCGUCUAUAGGACAAUGUACCAAAAAUCCAUGGCAACGGCAAUGCAGCAUAAUUUCUACCGGCCCAUGAUUCCCGACGGGCUGGACAUCCUGAUCUCGGCCAUGGUCAACGUCCGAACGGCCGACAAUGGAAAGACCAAACCCGAGCUUGAUCCAGAGGGACAGCAUUUGGUUUGUUUUGCCGGGGGCAUGCUUGCCAUUGGAGCAAAACUCUUCAAACUCCCCGAACACCUCGAAAAAGCGCAGAAGCUGGUCGAUGGGUGCAUCUGGACAUACCAGGCCCUCCCCCUUGGGAUUAUGCCAGAGAGUUUCCACAUGAUUCCCUGUCCAUCAAUCAACGACUCGUGCCCCUGGGACGAGACGGUCUGGAAGAAGGAGGUUCUUCGCAGGCAUGGAAUGGACGCAGGGGAUAUUAGCCAGGCCGACACGGUCAUUGGGCAAAAACGACUGCCGAAAGGCUUCGCCAGGAUUGGGGAUACGCGCUAUAUCCUGCGGCCCGAGGCCAUUGAGAGCGUGUUUGUCUUGUACCGAACAACGGGGCAGAAGUAUUUACUCGAGGCCGCCUGGGCCAUGUGGGAGGCGAUCGAGAAGAACACUCGAACGACAUUGGCAAAUGCGGCGCUCACCGACAUCACCGGAACUGAUGGCAGCCUCCCCCCUAAGAGUGAUUCCAUGGAGAGUUUCUGGAUGGGGGAAACCCUGAAGUAUUUUUAUCUGAUCUUCAGCAAGCCUGACCUGAUCAGUCUGGACGAGUAUGUCUUCAAUACAGAAGCUCAUCCGUUCAGGAUACCGGCCCCAUAA